UUGUGAGCGCGCCCUUCCUUCCUGCAACUCCAGCUAGCUUUGAAUUAACCCCCUUUCGUGAUUUUUAAACAUUUCCACCACGAAGACGUGAUUCAUAACAUGGAUUCAAGCUGUUAUAAUCACCACUGGAAAUUAAUUAAUUUUACUCAGGGCUCUAACUUUUUUCCUCACUACUUAUUUUUAUUUUUAUUAUUGUUCUUUUAGAUACUUUUUCAAUGAUGGAUUCACGCUUUUACUUUGUAUUGAAAUACAACUGUGUUGGAAGGUUUUGAGCCCAUGGUACACGGCCCUGACUGAACAUACUGGUGGGGCAUACAGACUUACUACUGUGGCUCGGUGUGUGCGUGCUGACCUCAUGGUGUAACAGAAGUAAAGAUGAGCAUUAGCAGUGAUGAAGUCAACUUCCUGGUCUACAGAUACCUACAGGAGUCAGGGUUCUCCCACUCAGCGUUUACAUUUGGUAUAGAGAGUCACAUCAGCCAGUCCAACAUCAAUGGUGCUCUGGUUCCCCCUGCUGCCCUCAUCAGCAUCAUCCAGAAGGGCCUGCAGUACGUCGAGGCUGAAGUCAGCAUCAAUGAGGACGGCACAUUAUUUGACGGGCGGCCCAUUGAGUCUCUGUCCUUGAUUGACGCUGUGAUGCCGGACGUUGUUCAGACGAGGCAGCAGGCCUACCGGGACAAGAUGGCCCAGCAACAGGCCACCGCUUCAGCACCGUCAUCGGCCACCGGAGGCAUCAUCGCCGGCAACGCCAAGAACGGAGAGAACACUGCCAACGGGGAGGAGAACGGAGCCCAUGCCUUAGCUAACAACCACGCAGACCUGAUGGAGGUGGAGGGAGAUGUGGAGAUCCCUCAGAACAAGGCCAUGGUCUUGAGAGGCCACGAGUCGGAGGUCUUCAUCUGUGCCUGGAACCCAGUCAGCGAUCUGCUGGCGUCGGGGUCGGGUGAUUCGACGGCUCGUAUCUGGAACCUGAGUGAAAACAGUACAAGCAGCUCCACACAGCUGGUCCUGAGACACUGCAUACGAGAGGGAGGGCAGGACGUCCCUAGCAACAAAGACGUCACCUCGCUGGACUGGAAUAGCGAGGGCACGCUGUUAGCAACAGGCUCCUAUGACGGCUUUGCCAGAAUAUGGACGAAGGAUGGGAACCUGGCCAGUACUCUUGGCCAGCACAAAGGUCCCAUCUUUGCUCUUAAGUGGAAUAGAAAAGGCAAUUGUAUCCUCAGUGCAGGAGUAGACAAGACAACAAUCAUAUGGGAUGCCCAUACAGGAGAAGCCAAACAACAGUUUCCCUUCCAUUCAGCUCCAGCACUAGACGUUGAUUGGCAAAGCAACAAUACAUUUGCCUCCUGUAGUACAGACAUGUGCAUCCACGUCUGCAAACUGGGACAGGACAGGCCCAUUAAGACAUUCCAGGGACACACAAAUGAAGUAAAUGCAAUCAAGUGGGAUCCCACAGGGAACCUGCUCGCCUCCUGCUCGGACGACAUGACGUUGAAGAUUUGGAGUAUGAAGCAGGACUCGUGUGUCCAUGACCUGCAGGCCCACAGUAAAGAAAUCUACACCAUCAAAUGGAGUCCCACCGGGCCUGGAACCAACAAUCCGAGCGCUAACCUCAUGCUAGCUAGUGCAUCGUUUGACUCGACGGUUCGUCUUUGGGACGUGGAGAGAGGGAUCUGCAUCCACACACUGACGAAACACCAGGAGCCCGUCUACAGCGUGGCGUUCAGCCCCGACGGUCGGCAUCUAGCCAGUGGCUCCUUUGACAAAUGCGUGCACAUCUGGAAUACACAGAUGGGCGCCUUAGUCCACAGUUACAGAGGGACGGGAGGAAUCUUUGAGGUUUGCUGGAACGCAGCAGGGGACAAAGUGGGAGCCAGCGCAUCAGACGGAUCUGUGUGUGUACUAGACCUUCGGAAAUAGUGCCGCUGUUUGUUGGAAGCCAUGGACCGACCAUGAAUGUGUACAUAGCCAAAUGACUGUCCCUGCCUGCCCAGCGUACUGCUCUCGCUUACGACUACGGCCCCGCCCACCGACAGACAGGAAGCAGGAUACGGGAACAGGAAGCAAGCACUCGACACAGCAGGUCCAGACACGGGGGAGGAACGGAUGAACAGACAGACAGGCGGAUGGAUACACGGGCGGAUGGAAGCGCCCCUCUCCAUCUGUGCAGACUCUUACAGAGAUGCAGAAGGGACGCGGAGAAAAAAAGACAAAAAAACUGAUAGACAAAAAAAAAGGUUACAGAUCCGUAUAUGUACCAAAAUUUGGAAGCUUUUUUGAUCUUUAAACCAUGCUCAUCGUCAUCAAAAUGAAAAACAAUGAAAAAAGUGUUGAUCUUUGUUACUAGUUGGAUCUCAUUGUGCAGACAUCAACUUCUCCACCAUAAGAUAGGAUGGCACUUAGUUUUUUUAAAUUUCAGAUCUCUUGUUUCAAUGUUUUUAUAUUUUUUAUCUUCGGGGGGGAGGGGCGGGCUGGUCAGGUGAGAGUUUCAUUGAUUGGAGAAGAACAUGCAUAUAAACGCACUCGGACAUGCACAGCCAACAGUUCUCAAGAACGGUGUCCUCGUCAUGAUUUCAAAACAAUGUGGCAAAUACAAAGGCUUUUCUUCUUCUGUAGUUCAGUCGUGGUUUCCUGCAGUUGUGAGUUGGGUCAAACGGUUAACCCGUAAAAUGCUGUCUUCUCCCUGGACUCCCUUUGUGCAUCAACGUGGCCGCGUGACACAGUGGAUGUACAUCUAGAUGCUUUAAAAACGGCUCCUCUGUGCACUAUUUGAUCUAGAUGUUUUACCCACAGUUCUCCUCCCUGGACCCGUCGGCCAAUAGCAGCUACUUGUGUGAUGGGGGGGGGGGGGGGUUCAAUUGGCAAGAAUCUGACCUCUGCUUAUCUAGAUGUCCGAGGCUGUUCUGAGUGUGAUUAAUGCAACAUUUGUCAGGUCCCAUCUCAGAUUACAUACUGGCCUCAGCCAGUAAGAUUCCAGCAGGUUUUUUUUGGUCUCUUUUUCUUUUCUUUUACUAAACUGAGUGUACACAUCAUCCAGAAGACUUAAAACAUUUCUAAUUGUCACGCGCUCAAAGGCCUCGAAUCACCAAACGCAAGAUGCCUUGAAGGGCGGCGGCUACGCCACUUUUAGUUUACGUAGAUGCGUAGAGGUCGAUGCUCUGGAGGCAGAAAUAAUCAAUAAAUAAAACAACUAAUGGGUAGAGUAAAAGAGGUCGACGUUGUCACCGACGUCCUGCUUCCAAGCCGAUCCCAGCCGAGCUCUUAUCACAUUGGUUCCUAAACUAUUCAAACUAAAUGCACUCACACGGGUUGUAGUUCUUCUUUGAUCGGCUGCCUCGUGACGGUUUAGAGUUCACACUUGAUUAUUUGCGCGUGACUGCCAGCAAUUAUGUUUCCGUUUGUUUUUGGGUUGUUUUUUACACCAAACUGACUGAAAUUCCCGACCCUCGUGCAAUGGUCUGAACGCAGCAUCCGAGACGUUUCUGAAAUCCCCCCCAUUCUCCAGUCUACGUAACGUACACUAACUAGUUCACUCGUGAAAUCGUGAAAACAUUCAAUCAAGACUUCCUUUGUGCGCUGUAAUGUUGCAUCAUCCACCUCUCUCUCUCUCUCUCUCAAGUUUGAAUGCUUUGGGUUCACAAACGGAAACCGGAUGUAUUUUAUUUUGGUAAAUGACUUUGUUGACAACUGGUUGAACGAGAACCACGUGGACGUGGUCCGCCUCUCGCGCGCUCAUGUUGAUGACACGUGGCCGCGGCGUGGGUCGUGGAAGCCCGAUGUUUUACUUCCGGCAAUUUCGUCUACGCUUAAAAAAAAAAAAUACUAAUUCGGUGACGUUCGUCUUGUUGUGGAACAAAAAGUUCAUGUGGCAAAAACUCGCGUUUGCUACAUGUUUUAUGUAAUAUUAAAAAAACAAACGGAAGCUCUUAGUGGAGGGGAACGGUGCGAUGCUAAAAAACAAACCUGUCAUCCCUGCACCACUAAUAAGUUUUAACAAUUUAUUUCGACCAAUACUAAGUAACAAUUUUCCACUAAGGGGGAACUUGUGUUCCUUGGCUCUGCCCUGUUGAAUGUUUAAGUCAAACCAUAGAUGAGUGAUUCCAGAGCAGCUCUAAACAAAACUACAACUGAAAUUAAAUUUAAAUUUAAAAAAACAUUAAUACAACCGCUCACAUUUCCCUGGGACGGAAACGAGGGCUUCAGUGAGACUUUUGGCUGCCUUCACAUUCUGUAUGUUUUAUUCUCCUCGUACUUUUUGGAGCCUUUUUGAUACCUGUUGAAUCUUACUGGCUGACCCCUGGCACGCGGUUGCUAUUCAGAAUCGAGCUCGAAAGCAAAUCCAAACAUUAAAGCAAUAUCUGGACAUUUUAAUUUUUUGUCUGUUUUUAUUACCAGCUCCUCGUCAUAAUGUGGGGGAUAACUCCGCUGCAUCGCGACAAGAGGACGUGAACAAUGCCGAGAUCAGAAAGAUCUUUAGAAGCUAAAGGUCCAACGUAAAGUCUUUUAUCUACAGCAUGACAGUCCUUGUGAAUGAAAAACGGAAAAUAUCAUGCUGUGCAUUCAAUGUAUUUAAAUUCGUAUGCCCCCCCCCCCCACCCAUCACCUCCAUUCCUGUAGGUUUUUCGCCUUCAAAAUUCUGCUCACAUUUGACAAUGAGGUUCCUUACUGAUGAGACAUUUUAUACUCUUUUAAACACAAAUUAUAGUUACAUUUUUGUAAUUUCUUUGUAGAUUUGGAAAAAAAUGUAAAAUGAUGACUUGUUGGCAGUGUUGAUUUACAUGUUCGAGACAUUUGAAAGGUUUUGUUUUGUUACUUUGAUGCUAUUACAAAUGGUAAAGGUUGACCCUGUUCUGGAAGGCGAGCCGUCGGUCUGAAGGCGCCUCGCUCCGGACUGAAUCACCACUCAAUGUGUCUGUUUUAAUAAAGAAUUUUCUUUUACUAAAAAUCUUUUGGGGCAUCUUGGUCCCAGAUGAAAAGGUUGGUUUACAGAGAAGACGAUUUAAAAGAAAGGUUACUGUUUGUAUUGAAGAACAUUGUAUUUUUUAUUUUUUUUGAAUUAAGCCAGGACUCUUGGGAAUCUUUCUGUUUCCUGCUUCUUUUUUUUUCUUCUCCUUUUGCUAUUUGGGACUCAGCGUUGCUCUGGAAGCAGAUUUAAUCUCAUUGGUUGAAUUGGACCUAAAUUUGCAGCUGAAUUGCUUGUGCGCAAUUGGAUAUUGUGAGCACAGAAAAUGAUUAUUUUUGCAUAAUCUAUAUUUUAUAAAGAAACUUUUAGCACCCAAAGGAUUUUCUUAGAAAAGACAAAACAAUCUAUUCUCUGCUCAGUCGAUGUGAUCGUGUGUUUGCUCUUAUCCACAGGAGUCAAAUUCCCGGCCUUGUGCUCGCACAACGUCGCCGCUCUGUCCCCAAGCCGAGCGUCGGUACGAUCACCGGUCACUUGGGAGGUUAGGAGCACUCUAAGAAAUAUAAAAGAUGCAUAUUAUUUUUCCUGAGAGUUUAAGCUUUAGGUUGGCUUUACUCCGAGGUUAAAUUAAACCAAACCUAUUACAUCUGCCUCCAGAGCGCUGCUUCUGACAAAUGUUUGUACAGCUACAAAUCCACUUUAUUCUCUCUUGUAACCGUCUGUAAUAAAUUGGGCGUUUUUACUCAUGGGCUUACGGAGAUUUUAUGUGUUCCCAUUAAGAGUCCUGUGCACUAUUCGUUUUUUUUUUCAUCCCUCAAUUUAAAGCACUUGAGCAAACGGUUUUGACAAUUUCUCACGCGGGCAAAUUGAUGCCAUCCUUUAGGUUUAUGCCAUCAGUUUGUCUGGGUAAGCGUGGCUGAUGUCGCUGAGUCAGCCUUUAGUUGUGCCACCUCAACACAGACCGGUGUGAACAGCAUCUCUGCCAUGGGGUCGCAAAGCCUUCACAUCUUUGUUUAUAUUUCCUUCUGCAUCUCGCAUCACAUUGGCCUGUUGUCAUUGAAGUCAGAUCGGUAAAACAAAAGUCCAGAAUAAAAUAUAUUUUGAUAAGA